CUUCCUCAUUUUUGCCCUACCUCUAGGGGGCCAUGGCCACUGCAGAGUCCUUACUGUUCACAUCCCUAGGCCCCAGCGCAGGUCCUGGAGAAGAUGAGGUAGAGACCAACUGCUGGUUCAACGAAGACUUCAAGUUCAUCCUGCUGCCUGUGAGCUACGCCAUUGUCUUUGUGCUGGGCCUCAGUCUCAAUGCUCCAACUCUUUGGUUCUUCCUCUUCCGCCUUCGACCCUGGGAUGCAACAGCCACCUACAUGUUCCACCUGGCAUUGUCAGACACCUUGUAUGUGUUGUCACUGCCCACUCUCGUCUACUACUACGCAGCCCGCAACCACUGGCCGUUUGGCACUAGGUUCUGCAAGUUCAUCCGCUUUCUCUUCUAUUGGAACCUCUACUGCAGUGUCCUGUUCCUCACCUGCAUCAGUGUGCACCGCUACCUGGGCAUCUGCCAUCCACUGCGGGCACUACGCUGGGGCCACCCUCGCUUUGCAGGCCUUGUCUGUCUGGCAGUUUGGUUGGUGGUAGCCGGCUGCCUGGUGCCCAACCUAUUUUUUGUCACAACCAGCAUCAGGGGGUCCACCAUCUUGUGCCAUGACACCACUCUCCCUGAGGAGUUUGACCACUAUGUGCACUUCAGCUCGGCAAUCAUGGGGCUGCUCUUUGGCUUGCCCUGCCUUGUCACUCUGGUCUGCUAUGGGCUCAUGGCCCGGCGCCUGUAUCGGCCCUUGCCAGGGGCGGCGCAGUCAUCUUCUCGUCUCCGUUCUCUCCGCACUAUCAUCGUGGUGCUCACUGUCUUUGCUGUCUGCUUCGUGCCUUUCCAUAUCACCCGCACCAUUUAUUACCUGGCAAGGCUGUUGGAAGCUGACUGCCAGGUGCUGAACAUUGUCAACGUGGUCUACAAAGUGACUCGGCCCCUGGCCAGUGCUAAUAGCUGCCUGGAUCCAGUGCUCUACCUGCUCACCGGAGACAAGUAUCGCCGCCAGCUCCGGCGGCUCUGCAGUGGUGGCAGGCUUCAGCGUCCCACUGUUGCCUCCUCCCUGGCACUGGUGACACUGCCUGAGGAGAGCAGCUGCAGGUGGACAGUUGCCCCCCAGGACAGUAGCCGCCCUACUACUCGUGCAGAUGGAUUGUAACCCUGAGAGAA